CGUGUUCCACGAUGGCUUUUUACAACGAGGUGUCGGGGGUUAAAGUACACUGACAUUUAAACACAUUUCCGGGUAAAUGUUGUCAACAUAACAUUAGUUCUAAUAGUUAUUUAGUCUGUAUAUUUAAAUAUGUCAACUUUUGUGGAUUAUUUACUGUUUUCUAUUACUGUUUUUUAUUGCUUAUUGGCUUAUUUAUAAUACCUGUUUUGAAUUUGUUUCUUUUCACUAUGUCUAUUAUUUGCACAAUACGACUGAUUCAUAAACUGCUGUAAAUCCUUUAAAUUUCCCACAGCGAGACUGAUAAAUGAUUAUCUUAUCUUAUCAUAUUAUAUCUUAAAAUAGGAAAUAUGGGUGAGACAUACGUGAGACAUCAGUUGUUUUAUUUUGUCAGCAAAAUAUGUCCACUUCCGGUAUCACACUGUUUAACGCACGUUAGCUUGACGCGACCAGGGAGACAACAGCGCGCAGAGCUACCGUCAACCAGGCUCGUGAAGCGCAAACAAAUGGACGCCGUCUGUUAACUUUCGCUCUUUUGUUCCCGCACACGCGCACACGGGGACACGGGGACGCGUCCUUCGGGUGGACCGUUUAUCUGGUCGUCUCUCGGCCCGGGAAGACCCCGCGGCUCCGCUGACCCCGUCGGGCCUCGUCGUCGUGGCCCCGCAGGACUCGAGUGAAAGUUGGGACCGGAGUGCCAAACUUCUGCUUCCUCUCCGCGGGGCCCGGGGCUCCUGUCACCGGCCCUGUGGACAGGUGUGACCCGCCACCAGGAGAAAGGAAUCCCUUUGAUGGGAGAAUCCUCUUUCCUGGCCUCCUGGGUCAACCGCCGUACCAUGAUGAUGGAUGAGCAGGAGGCGCUGAACUCGAUCAUGCAGGACUUGGCCGAACUGCACCGCUCCAGCCGUCCUGCCAUGUUCCUGUCGGACCUCGGCAAACCCAAAGCCUCCUCGCCCAAGAACCAGAACGACGUCAGAGUGAAGUUCGAGUUCAAAGGGGAGAAGAGGAUCUUACAGUUCCCUCGACCCGUCAAGCUGGACGACCUGAAGGCGAAAGCCAAAGUGGCGUUCGGUCAGACGAUGGACCUUCACUACACCAACAACGAGCUCGUGAUUCCUCUGACCACGCAGGACGACCUGGACAAGGCCGUGGAGCUGCUGGACCGCAGCGUUCACAUGAAGAGCCUGAAGAUCCUCCUGGUGCUGCAGAUCUCCUCCCAGAACUCGUCCUCCAACAUGGCCCUCCUGUCGUCGCACGAGGAGCUGGACAACACGGGCUUCAGGGUCGCCGACAAGAAGACAAUGCUGGCGUUGAUAGGCUCCCAUUCCACGGACCGCAGCUCCCCUCCUCCCGGUUACAUUCCCGACGCGCUGCAGCAGGUGGCGAGGAACGGCUCCUUCACCAGCAUCAACAGUGAGGGGGAGUUCAUCCCCGAGAGCAUGGACCAGAUGCUGGACCCGCUGUCGAUGAGCAGUCCAGAGAACUCUGCGUCUGGGAGUUGUCCCUCUCUAGACAGCCCGCUGGACAGCGACUACCCAAAGUCCAGGAUGCCGCGAGCUCAGAGCUACCCAGACAACCACCAGGACUUUCCAGAGUAUGACAUCCCAGUGUUUGAGAAGUCGGGGAAAGGUGGGACGUACCCUCGGCGAUACGGCAUUCCCUUCGGUCUUCAGGACUACAGUGACGGGAGGAAGACGUUCCCUCGCGCCCGGCGAACGCAGGUCCACGGCUUCCGCUCGCCGGUCAGCUUCAGCCCCACGGAGCAGUCGCCCAGCACCAGCAGCGGCAGCAGCGUCUUCACCCCCGACCUGGAGGAGGCCCCGGGGCCCGGCAGGAGGCCGCGCAGGGGCAGCGACAUCGACCCCGGCCUGUCCGUCAUGGACAUCAGCCCGCCCAGCCGCUCGCCGCGCGCGCCCACCAACUGGCGGCUGGGGAAGCUUCUGGGUCAGGGCGCCUUCGGCCGCGUGUUCCUCUGCUACGACGCCGACACCGGGCGGGAGCUGGCGGUCAAGCAGGUCCAGUUUGACCCGGAGAGUCCGGAGACCAGCAAGGAGGUCGGCGCUCUGGAGUGUGAGAUCCAGCUGCUGAAGAACCUGUGCCACGAGCGGAUCGUCCAGUACUACGGCUGCCUGCGAGACACCAUGGAGCGGACGCUCUCCAUCUUCAUGGAGUACAUGCCGGGCGGCUCCAUCAAGGACCAGCUGAAGUCGUACGGGGCGCUGACGGAAAACGUGACGCGCCGCUACACCCGGCAGAUCCUGGAGGGAGUCUCCUACCUGCACAGCAACAUGAUCGUCCACAGAGACGUGAAAGGUGAGGAGGGGGGGGCGCUUUAUUUUGUAGAGCAUGAACAGGAAGAAGCAGCUGGGAGCCUCUCUCUCUGUUCAGGGGCCAACAUCCUGCGGGACUCGGUGGGCAACGUGAAGCUGGGCGACUUCGGGGCCAGUCGGCGGCUGCAGACCAUCUGCCUGUCGGGAACGGGCAUCAUGUCGGUGACCGGCACCCCCUACUGGAUGAGUCCGGAAGUGAUCAGCGGCGAGGGCUACGGCCGGAAGGCGGACAUCUGGAGCGUCGGCUGCACCGUCGUGGAGAUGCUGACGCAGAGACCCCCGUGGGCGGAGUUUGAGGCCAUGGCGGCCAUCUUUAAGAUCGCCACCCAGCCCACCAACCCCGUGCUGCCCGCCCACGUGUCGGACCACUGCCGAGACUUCGUCAAGCGCAUCUUUGUAGAGACUAAGCAGCGGCCGUCUGCAGAUGAGCUGCUGAGGCACAUCUUCGUACAUUAACCCCUGAACCCUUCACCCCCCCGCCAGAUACGGCCUUACCCGAGGGGGCCGGCCUGCCUCUGACUCCGCCCCCUCCAGGAGCUGGCUGGGAGAAGGUGGGGCGUGCCGACCGGUGUGGGGGGGGGGGCUCCUCCCGUCUUUUUUAUUUCUCUCCGCUAGUUGCACCUUAAUUUCUCAAACGAGGGGCGGAGCUCUUCCUCCUGAAGGGAUGAAAAGCGACUCUUUGAAAACGUCUCCUCCUCUUUAUUUGUAAACGUUUGUACGGUUCCUCUCUCCGAGCGUCGGUGCCGUGGACCUACAGGAGGCGAUGCCCGACUCUCACGAGGCCCUGGACCCCCACCUCGCUGACCCGACCCCAGAAUGUAGUCUCCUGCCAAACCCAGAGGGGUGGCGACGCCCCGGGCCCGCUGCUAUCCACAUCUAAACCCCGAUGCAGAGGACACGCCCCCAAAACCGUUUCCACUCACCUGCCCUCGCCCCGCCUCCUCUUCACUGUCUCCUCCAUCUUUGUUCUUCGCCGUGUGCCUUUUCUGUUUAAUGCAGCGCACGAGUCUCCAGUUCUUCUCCGUGUUGUUUUGCCUUCCGGGUAAACUGCCUCCGCAUCUCAGUUCAGCCGUUAACGUCCGCUUGAGACACCUGAGCAGGCGCCAUGCUGGUCCCACCUGGUCCCACCUGGUCCCACCUGGUCCCACCUGGUCUCACAUGGUCCCACAUGGUCCCACCUGGUCUCACCUGGUCUCACCUGGUCCCACAUGGUCUCACCUGGUCCCACAUGGUCCCACAUGGUCCCACAUGGUCCCACCUGGUCUCACAUGGUCCCACAUGGUCCCACAUGGUCCCACAUGGUCCCACAUGGUCCCACAUGGUCCCACAUGGUCUCACCUGGUCCCACAUGGUCCCACAUGGUCUCACCUGGUCCCACCUGGUCCCACCUGGUCCCACCUGGUCCCACCUGGUCCCCCGUUGGCUCUGGCCUGUUGUGUGGCUGCCGUGUACCAACUGACUGGUACUCGACAGGGAUUGGCUGGUUGGUCUUUAGAGGCGGGGCCCUUCGCUCCUCUGCUCCCUACUCACUGAUCGGAUUGGUGGAGCUGUUGUCGGGCGGAUUGGCCGCGUGGAAGUUUACCGUCUGGGUGAAAACUCAUGACCGGACUGUUAAAACACGUUAAUGUAGAGAAGGAAUUCUGUAAAAAAUAUAAAAGCGGGAACAGAAUUUAAAUUAAAUUCAGCACCAAAUCAAACGCAGCUCAAGAUAUUCGACAAACGAGUAUCGAUCAAUUCACCAGUCGGAUAUUUAAAAAGACAAAAACAUCAAGUUCCAUCAUUUCAAAUGUGAAACUGUUCAGUUCCUUUCAUCUAUGAAGGUAGAUUUAAUAUCUUUAGCUGAACAACCCAGAAAAACACUUAAAAUACUUGUGAUAUUAAUGAAAAGUUGCAGCCGUGAAAUAAGAACUAAUUGAUUUCAGGAAGUUUCUCAUCAGAAGAGAAAAGAAGGUUUUCAGACUCUGUUGUUCUGCUAGAUGACUGAAGCAGGAAAGGGGCGUGGCAACACGCUCUCAGCUGAUUGGCCGGAGGUCUGGCUGCAUGACGCUGUCGGUACAUUUACAGUGAGUGUCACAACUCAGAUCCACACUUGAAGACGUUUACAGCAUCUCGCAGCGUCGUUCCUUUGUUGUUGUUGUUGUUUCUGCCAAAUCAAAUGUGAACUUGUCACUUUAGCCCAACCACAAACGCUCCGUUUCCCCCCGUUUCAAAGCGACGCUCUGAAGCUCAGAUCUGACCUUAAAGGUGCAAUCAGUCACAAAUCUCCCAACGCUCAGACCCCCUGACGUCCCAGCAUGCACUUGGUUCUCUAAAACCUCACUGAGGCUAAAAUGACUUCACGUGUAUUUAUUCGUAUUCCUGCGAGUGUUUAAAGGUGCAAAGCUUUCCUGGAGGUUCGUUGUUGCGACGCCGUCAUUCUUUCCUGGAAAGAACUCUUUGGUAUGGCGUGAUUUAAAAGACGAGUUCUCCGUUGGUGUAAAACUUUCAUUUAGUGACGUCGGCUGAGGGGGAGAUUCAACCAAUAUGGAGAAUAAAGUCUCCAAUAAUAAUACUUUGACCUAAUCUUGCGAGAAAAUACUUUUUUUGUUUUUUACCAGGAAACGUUCUCAAGUGAUUAAGAAACUAUUUCGGGUUAAUUUCCUAAUGAGUGAAUUCUGUUUGUUGUUGUAGUUCCCGGCAGCGGCCACUAGAUGGCAGUACAGACAUGUACUGAUUGCACCUCUUCUGUUAGAUAGAUAGAUAGAUAGAUAUAUACUUUAUUAAUCCCCAAGGGGAAAUUUGUCGUGAAUUCUGUUGCUCGUGACGCUUCAUCGCAGCUCCACGCAACAAACCCCAACUUAUGCAUUUAAAGCAGCGGCGCCGCUCGCCGGGGAGCGUUCUGGUCGUAUUGGGUUCACGGCGGCUUGCAGCCACCGGGCCGAGCCGCCAGCACUGGCCCCCGAUACGGAUGCACUAUCUGUGAUUCACUGGCGCUUUCACGAGUCCUCGCUCGGCGACCUUUCCUUUGCACAUUUUAAAGACUAUUUUUUUUAUUUUUACACAAGUGUUAUUGUGAGUGUGUGUGUGUGUGAGUGAGAGAGAAACUCAAUACAAGAAUGUAAUGUCUCUUUUUUUAGUUUUAACCGUCAGAUGGCCUCGUUCCCCACUGAGGGUUAACUCCUCGGUGCCAAGAAACACCUGUAGUUCUCUUUAGUGUCUAAAGCCACUGCUGCCACUCCUGUGUGGGUGUGUGGGUGUGUGUGUGUGUGGGUGUGUGUGAGAGAGUGUGUGUGUCUAUAAGUAAACGUGCAUUUACUGCAAUUUGUGCUAUUUGGACACUGCGCCCAAAAUGCCUUGAGCAUUCUGACUGUAGGAGGGGAGAACAUUCAAAUAAUGAUAAUUUAAAAAAAAGAAAUAAUGUACAAAUGUAUAAAACUAAAAUGUACCCUUUUUUAAAUAAGCAAAGUCCACUUAUAUCCCACAUGUUUGGUCUCUGUGUAUUGUUAAAGAAGCCAUGUUUAUAAUUCUAAUUGGUUUGUGACCAAUACGCCUGUUUAUAUCAGAUCUGUAUAUCAGUGGUACGCAUAAUUUUUUAAUAUAUAUUUUUUAUUUUACUUUUUUUUUUAAAUGGGAGAUUUUAUGCAUGGUUGGGUCUGGAGAGACGCAGCGGUGCCGUUGAAUGGUUGCUGUUUUCUGGCAAAAUUCUGGAGUAUUGCGACAGCGCUGUGUUCAUAAUUACAACAAUUAUGGCGACGAAAAACAAUAAAAAGAUAUUUAUUUCA